AUCAAAGGAAAAGAGACACAAGGGGAUGCAGUCAGAAAAUAGGUGGAAAGCCGACGGAACGGCCGCCGCCACGCCGCCGGAGGAGAGCGCGCGCAUGGACGCCACCCCCGAUCGCUCCAUCGGCUUCUUCUCCGCCGUCUACUCCCGCCUCCGCGCCUCCGCUUGCCGCCGCAACGAUGCUCACACCCACACCCACCUCCACCCGGGUCAGGAGGCAGCCGUCGCCCGCCGACCGGGGGACGCCGCCGCCGCGCCGCUUCGGUCGGAACCUCGCCUUCGUCUCCUUCAACCUCGAGCUGCUGCUCUUUGCUUAUGCAUUCUGGAGGGCCAGAAGACGGAAUUUCAACUGGAGGCAACCUCUUCAGCUGCUGCCCAUGCUUGUAAACCCUGCUCUAGCUACGCUCAUUUACGCUGCCUUUGUACGCUUCACCAGAACGCCUGAUCCCAAGGACAAGAAAACGCUCCAGCACCAAAAUGACUCCGUGUCUCACGCCAACCGCCAAAACAGUGCCAAAAAAUGUGAUCCUAUGGAUGACGCUACCAAUUUUUCAUCUGAUACUGAUCCUGCAGAAACUUCUAAACUUGGAAAACACCAUAGUUCGAGUGUUAACUUCAGAGAUGAUGGUGGAGGGGAUGUAUCUUGGGGCCAUAGCAAGGAUGUCCAGCCAAUAUGUUCUGAUAAAACACACAUAACCAACAACAGCGCAUUCAGACAACUAAUCGAGUGGUUAGCUGAGCAUUUAUCUGAUGAUCCAGAGGACCCAAAUCAUCUGGAAGGGACUACCGUGGAACACCAUAGCAAAUCAGGAGCUGAUGGUGCGGCUUGCUCUACUUUGCAGAUAAACUCAUUAUUACCUGGUUGCAGUAUUGUGCACAUAGUUUCAAAUGCUACAGUUCAUGCUGACUUUAGUUCAUCAUCGAUUUGCCCAAAAUCAAAUGGAUGUCCGGCUGAAGAAGAUGCUGUGCAAACAGCACAGACUGUGCCCAAAUCAGACCUAGAGUUGCGUCAUGGGGGAGUUGAGAAUGAAUCUUCCAAGUUCAAUGUAGCAGAGGACAACUGGAUGCCCUUCAUUUUGGAGAAGGAGCUUUUAGUUAGUUCACAUGCAGAAAAAAAUAUUGAGCCUCAUUCGGGGACUUCAGGGUUCACCUUAUGCAGUGAAGAGACUGAGAAAGAGGACGUUACUGGAGGUUUCUGCUUUGUUAAGAUCAGUCCUGAGUUGAGCUUCUUAUCCCCUUCGGAGUUAGUUGUGGAGGAAGGCAAGGAUACCAGCGAUAAAAAAUCACUCGAGUUAGACAAAAUGGAUGGGGACAAUGUAGCUGUCAAUUCAGGGGAGGCUUUGUUGAGUAUGUCUCUAGUCAAUACUGCUGAACCAGACUAUGGAACUGAAGGUUUCUCUUUGCACCCUCAAGAUUCCAAUAUGAUGGAGGUUCCUGCAGUUCCCAAUAUUUUUUCUGUUGCUCCUGAAUCAAACCACCCAGCAUCUCUGGAAUUACCUGCAGAGAAUUAUGGGGACUCCAGUGAUGCUCAAAGAUGUGAUGUGCACUUACCGGAGCAGAAAGGCCAGGAAGAUUUUCUGGAUCCACUUGUGGUCGAUUCUUUUGAGGACUCAUUUGCUACAUCAGAAUUUUUGUCACGCAGUACAGGUGCUGAGAUGACUGAAGUUCUGGGUGUUGUCAAGGAAGGCUUGUCUGAGGGAGCAUCUAACCAUCAAAAUGAUGUUGUCGCUCCUUCAGCAGAUGGCGGUGAUGCCGAGAAUGCGAUGAGCUAUUCAGUGUCUGUCGAACUCAUCCCAAACCCAACAUAAUGGAAGCUCUUCAAAACGGUCAGGAAACAUCAUCCGAUGCAAUACACCACAGCAGUUUUGGUUCAGGGAUUUUCUUAGCUUCAAAUGAGAUUAGUAAUGAUAAAGCUUAUUCAAGUAACUCAAAUUCUUACAAUUUAUAUGCCAACUCAAUGGAAAAUGAAGAAUUUCUUGCUAGUAAAGGAAGAGGUUCUGUUUCUAAAGAUGAAAUGGACUUUGCUUUUCUGGACACUUCCAUCUUGCUAGAUGAGGUUAAAAGUGGAGAAAGUUGGACAGAUAGCGAUGAAUGUUCUCGAUGUAUUCCAGAAAGCAAUAGAACCCAGUCUCUUCAUGGUGACAAACAAGCUUUACCUAGGACAUCUGAGAGAGCUAAUUUUGGUCUUGAGGAAAGUCUCAUAUCUCUAGACCAGGAAAUAAACCUGGAAAUAUUUUCUCUCUAUUCCAGAUCAUCUUCAUGUGUUUCAGAGGUAAAUCUGACCGGAACUCUCAGGGGUGGCACAUUUCCGGCACAAGAAAAUCAUCAUGAUUUCAGCUUUGAUGAGAAGACCUCCAUGAUAAUUCCCAAUGUGAAGCAUGCAGAGAAUUAUACAGACAAUGCAAGGUCUUCUGAACUUAUUCCAGAAAUCAACAUGAUAGAAACUCUUAAUGUCAGCAAGGAAGCAACUGCUCCUUUAGAACAUGAAGUUUCUUCAAAUUAUGACAUUAGUUUGAAAGCUCCUGAUGUAGGCAAUGGCGUCGAAAAAUUUGAGAACUCCCUGGACGUAUUGUUGUGGUCACUUGGUCCAGUAGUUGAUGCAUCUGAAAGCUUGCAAGCUGCUCAGGGUUUCUCUAAGCUGCAAUCUGAAAAUAAUUUUGCAUUUGGUUUUCAAGGACCUGAAAGAGCAAUUGUUUCCACCUCCCAAUAUGAGGUUGAUAGUUUAGAAAAAAAAUGUCUCAGAUUCUAUGUGUGCUGAUGAAGCAACCAUGAAUGGAGAUAUACAAGGUAUCAGUAAAUCACCAUCUCAGUCACAAGUUGAACUCCCUGGGGCCUAUGUUACUACAGACAAGGUCAAUCAUCCAGAGCACUCGAGAUCCUCCUCAUCUGUUCUUGAUGACAAGUUGAUAGAACUUUGUUGGCGCCCACCAACGUCACCUGGCGAUGACGCCCGCAGACGCCAAGUUUGGAGUGACAGUAUUUCAUGAGCCACAAAUAAAUCCGCAAGCGCACGGAAUACCGCUGUAGUAUUUUACCCGGGAGUAUACCGGGGUGUCAUUUAUAUUUCCGCAGGGAAGACGAUGAGUGGGAGAGUAUAUAGAUUAGUUCGUGAGCUCUAUCUAGAUUGAAUAUUCUCAUGCAUAAACAGGGGUAAGAUAAUAACAUGGUAGGAGGUAGUGUGACACACACACAAACUACCCUCUUGGAUAAAUAAAAGAUAAAGAUUGCUUUAGGCCGGGAGCAAGGUAAAAGUCAGAGCUCGAGUCACUGUGCUAGGCUAGCUAUAUCUACACUUUCUCAUUAGUUAGCUUGUCAGAGAUUAAACUACACAACAGGGAGAUCGCUAUCGAAGUAACAGGAGGAGCCCGUACACCCCGGCGACUUUAUGUACCUCCUACCCCCAUACCGAACGUGGAGGAUUACUAAAAGACUCGGAUAGGGCUGUCCACCUGCCGGCUACCUCUACAAACCAUGGGUAUAGUUGACAUCCAGCAACUCUUAGCUAAUCUAGACACCAUGUCUAUACUAGUAAGGGAUACUCUAGUGUCUUGCGCGGAGCCCCCACCCUCCGGAUGGACAGACAUCACACUAGAGCAAUCAUACGAAUACUAGAACAGUUGAUAGAGUUCUAGGAACAAAAGACUAACUAUCUCCAGCACAGGGCAAUUAUGCAAUGAGAUCAUUGAAUAAUAAUGCAACCAUGACAAGAAGCAUAUACUCGAUAACUCAGAAUAUACUUCAAACAGAUAUCGGUAACCAUAGUCUAAUUCUAUUACAAACGACCGAAUAUUACAAGAGAGAGCUAGAGAUGAACCCAUACCAGACUCUCGAGCAACUCCGGCGACUCGAUGACUCCUAGACUUCUCCUAAACUCCACUAAAUCUAAAGACCAUGCAAGAAGGAACUUGAGAGGUGAGUGAAGUGAGGUGUGUGUCCUAUUCUCUACCACCCCUUGUAUUUAUAGGAGGGAGCCACCGGCCGCAGCACCCCAAACCGACCUAAAAGAGCAACAGGGAGGCGCCAUGUGGCAAAGUUGUGGCGGUGGGGCCCAUGGGCCUGGUCGGCCGGCCUGCCCUGGCCGCCAACCGCCCCCAACUGCUGGGGGUUGGGCUUGUCUGGGCCUCCUUAUUUGAUCCACGCUGGGGUUGGCCUGUCUUGACUUGUUUUGCUUCGGUUCUUGGGCUACACUUGGUCAAUUUGAGCCUGAAUCGGUACUCUGAUAUUUUCUGUGAUUUUCUGCUGGGCCAAAGUGUGCUUGCAACCUGCAUAUUAGCUCAAAAACACAACUUGCAUAUUCUAGAAGGUAAAAUGUUGUUUAGGGACUUUAUUGAAUAUAAGUACGUGUAAGAAAUGCAAACUCUCAUGAUUUUCUGAUCAAGUUGACGCUUGGAAAUGGUCGUUAGUGAGCGUCAACAAAUUUGCAGCAGAUAAAGAAAGAUCUUUUGAUCCUAAAGAAGAAAAUCCAUCUAAUUUGCAGGAGACACCACCAUCUGAAAGUCUUUCAAACAAUCUGAUGUGUGCUUCUGCUUCACAUACCAGCAAAAAGGAUUCUGUAACAUUUUCUGUGAAAGCAUUUCCUGAUCCUUCAGUGGAAGACGUUGAUACUUUUGAUAAGAUUUCUGGUGAUGAACAGAGCAAUAAGUCACCAAAGGAAAAUGCCCUCGAUUGUGAGCAGAUAGUCAGAACUCAAACUGAGGUUAACUCUAUUGAAAGCCGGGAUUUCACUGAAACUUCAAAUUGUAAUUGCACUCAAGCUUCUGAAAGCGUCAAUGAAGGGUUUUUUGAGCAAGAACAUCAAGGACCAGAAUUGGUGCUUAGUCAGGUGGGCAUGACCUUCGUGGAUGAGGGCGAGGAAAUUGAGAAGUAUCUUGGUAGUUCCAGUACCGCUUGUGCUUUGGAGACUCUCCAAGUACUGCCUGUAAGUGCUAGAAGUGAAGAAGGUUUUCUUGAGGCAAGUAAAGUGCGUGAGUUGUGUUGCACAGAUAAUGAACUAAAAGGCACUAAAGUUAACAAUAUGGAAGAGGAAGUUCAAGACUUAGACAAGGACCAUGAGAAGAGUCCCUAGGUCUUCUUCAGGCUUGAGAUUGCACCUGCUCUGGCAGAAAAGCCUUUUGCAAAGCUUUAUUCAAAAGAUGUUCCUUGGGGAGAUUUGCCGAUGGGUGCAAUCAACGAUCUUGAAGAUUCACGACUAGCUGUUUCAGCAGAGGAAACAGGAACCUGUUAUUCACAAUCACCAGUAGCACUGGGUGCAGUACUGCAUGCGAGUUAGCAGAUGUGGUGCGGUGAACCUGUCUGUAAUGAUACCAAUACACUUAAUGCCCCUCUACCUUCAUGCAUUUCAGAUGCUCAGUAGAAUGCUCACAGUUCACCUUCUGAACAGCCUCGCAAGAACAUCUAGAGGCCUGUGAUGGAAACAGGUUCAAUUGUUUUGGUGGUGAAUCUUCUAGCAACUGGGAUACAACAAGUACAGUUUGAUGAGUAACAGUUCUAUAGCAAGACUGGUCAGAGAGUGGGACCAUUGAUGGAGCUUUUGUACAGAGUGGUAUGUGAAUUUCCUAAGAUUUUCACCUCGUGGAAUGUAUGGAAUCACCUCUGGAUUAAGUUACUUGUGCGGUUGUGCAUAAAUCUCAGAAUUGUUGAAAAGAGAAGUCCAUCCUUUGGAGUUUCUUUUUUUGGGGCACAUUUGUACAUAUCAGUAUAUUUUGGUAAAUAUGUUGACAUCAGUAGCUCACGUGCAAUAUGUUAGAAUGCCUCAUUUCUUGUGGUGAUAGCAGUUUAGAUGAGUGCUUCUCAGGUCCAGUAUUUUUUUGUUCUUUCGUAUGAGUUGUGCUGUCCAAGUGUUUUUCUGGUGUAGAAUACACUAACUUUUUGGUAAUAGGUGCAAAAGAGAGAGGAUUUGUUUGUGCAUUUCAUGUUGGUACUGCAUAUAUAUUCCAAAUAGAAUCUUAUAGCUUUGUCAUACUUUUGUACUUUUCUAUUUCUGUGCACUGAAAUAAUUGAUACCGUUUUCUUGUGGCGAGUCAAUUAUUGAGAUUCUUGUUAUCUUUCGGGUUUCAUCUCUAGCCUACCCCAAUUUGCUUGGAAAAAAAGGCUAUGUUGUUGCUGCUUGUUAUCUUAUGGAUUAAUUAUGCUCUUAAGUCUUAACCAGAUGUGUGCAAGGAUGCAAGAUACUUUCGUUUUUUUUAUUCUAACAUGUUUGGUACUAAUACAGAACUAUAGCUCACUUCAAUUUAAUCCUGCAUUAUGCUUUCCUUGUAUCAGAACCUCAUUUCGCAUAACAAUCAAUUCCCUUGUCAUCUGCCGUACAUCAAUUUGAGUAUGUUUAUUCAUUAUUUGUGCAAAGGAAUAGCCUGGCAGUGUUACACAUAAGGCUUGUCCGAUUUCCUGCCGGGUCAAUCGCCACUUGAUUGUGCAGCAUUGUUUGCAUGCUGCUAGUUGUCAGCUGAACUGAUGCAACCCUGCAGUCAUCAGGUCGGCAGACAAUGAUGGAUGCUUCAAGUCUACAGUAACAUUGUUGACUUGAAUAAGUUAUAGAUCCCAGACUUAAUAUCUUGGCAAUUAGAAGUAGUGUGGCUGAGUGUAUAAUGUCAACCUAAUAAGAUUUUGAGAUCUGUUGACAUGUCAAAGCACUAAUGCUUUAUUCGAACUCUUCUUUCUUAGAGCCUGAAUGAGGACCCCUAGUGCUAUCUGGCUGCUGAAAGAUAUGAUUCUGACUUCUUAAAGACAUGUUGUGUGAUACACACUAUUUAUUCUUAAUUUUUUUAAUAAAAAGUCAACAGGACGAGUGAGGCCUUGUGAGUCGAAGAACCCCAUUCCGCUACACUGCCUGUACGUUUGUCCUUGUCCCCUCGAAACCCAUAUCAAUGUUCUGUGGUUGUUGCUUCAGGUACCUAAAACCAUACUAAAUGUUAUCAUUCAUGAAAUUCAUCUUGAGCCUUUGAAAUCAUUUACGAAUUGUUUUCACUAACCUUGUAAGAAUAUGUGUUCCUAUUUUGCAUUAAAUUUGAAAGCUCAACUGAAACCAUUCGUCUGGUUCUUUUGUUUCUCAGAAGCAAAAUCUUAGUUGUAUUUUUCUUGAGUUGACCUUAUGCUUCUGAUCCCUGAUCUUGACUCGAGAGCAGCAGCUCCUUGUUGAACAGCCAACACUUGGCCACUUCUGAAGUAUGUACUAAUAUAAUGUGUCAUAAAGAAAAAAAAAAGCACAGCUCUCAAGAUUGAUGGGCGGCAGCGAUUGAUCCUUCUUCUGCGACCAAUCACGUUGCUACCACACGCCAUGUCCUGGUUGUGGGCUCCUGUAUGGAAGUCCAUAUGCAGAGAAACUGACUUGAGGAAUUAUUUAGAGAAAAGGGUUCUCCAUUCUCCGGCAUAAGCUCAAUUGUAGAACAGGUGUGGUGGGAGUGGUAGUUGCUGUGCGCAAAAAAAUGUACGAGAAAGAUUCCCUCCCGGAGGAUAUGCUGAAUGAGGAUAGUUCGUGCGCCAGUAUCCUUUCUCAUGGAAAAAUGCUUCGUUGCAGUGUGGAUGCUUUAGUGCAGCUGCUGUCUGGUAGGCUCCCUGGCUGCAAUCUGGGGGGAUGAUACUCUUGUUUGAAUGAACUAUUCAGUUGAGAUGUAGCUAGCGCUUGUGUGAUUAUGAAAAAACUAUAUGAAGCUCCACUGGUGACUAGCUCGAGAAUGAAACGGAUCAGAUCGAGCUUAUUGUUUAAUCCCCUAUGUUGAAUGUAAUCAUGUUGUGCGUAGAUGAUGAGGCGAGAGGGGAGGGCGAGGGCCUCAUCAUCAUCAUCAUCUUGUAAAUUUGUGCCAUUUGAAACAGGUAGUAAAGAAUCCAUGUGGACCCGCCCGCGAACUCGAAUAGAAAAAUGUCGGGUUUGGGCACUAGGGAAGGCAGCUGGAGGCGCCUCCAGAUUUGGUUGGAUCUCGUCUCCUGCUCUGGGCUUUGCUUGGUUGGCUUCGUAUUCUAGGCCUUGUUUAGUUGCGUAAACUUUAGGGUGUAAAGUACUGUAACACUUUCGUUUGUAUUUGGUAAUUAUUAUCUGAUUAUGGGUUAACUAGACUUAAAAAAUUCGUCUCGCAAAUUAUAGACAAACUGUGUAAUUAGUUAUUUUGUUUAGCUACAUUUAAUACUUUAUGCAUGUGUUCAAAGAUUCGAUGUGAUGAGGAAUCUUAUAAAGUUUUGGAAUUUUGAAGGCAACUAAACAAGAUCCUAGACAUAAGCAUGCAGUAGUAUUCAGUAAGCUGGCCUGUAUAAAUAAAAGAAAAAUGGUGGCAUGUAUUGUUGCCUUCUUUUCUCACUUGUCUGCAGCAGGCAGGAGGCAUGUCGACGAUGACGGUGCCGCCAGAGCCGCCGCACCCGCACGUCCUGGCCGUGGACGAUAGCAUCGUCGACCGUGCGGUCAUCUCCAGGCUCCUCCGCAGCUCCAAAUACCGAGUUACGACGGUGGACAGUGGCAAGAGAGCGUUGGAGGUUCUCAGCCUGGACCGCGAUGUGCACAUGAUCAUCACGGAUUACUGCAUGCCGGAGAUGAGCGGCUACGACCUCCUGAAGCGGGUGAAGGAGUCGGCGGAGCUGCGGGAGAUCCCGGUGGUGAUCAUGUCGUCGGAGAACUCGCCGACGAGGAUCCGGCGGUGUCUGGAGGAGGGCGCCGAGGACUUCCUCAUCAAGCCGGUGCGGGCGUCGGAUGUGUCGCGCCUCUGCAGCCGCCUCACCCUCUAAUCCAAUGCAAUACUACUGACCAAUUGGAGCAAGUGCAGGCAUGACAUUCAGUUCAGGGUUGGAGCCUUGGAGGAGGACCCCGGACUGGGAUGGAAUCGAGGCUGUUUUGUUUGUGGAUCAUGAUGGCAUCGACCACUGUGUGUGUCUAGCUAGUCGCAAAUAUGGUUACUACUUACUAGUAGUGGUAUAUGUUGUUGUUGUUGUUAUCAGAGCAGAGCAUUUUG